AUGUCCCUGUUAGAUGAACCCAAUUUGCCAUCAAAUCUGGCAUGUUUUAAAAAUGUUGAUGCUCUGCUUCGAUGUCCCAUAUGCUUUGACUACCUCAGUAUUUCUAUGAUGACCAAGUGCUCACAUAACUUUUGUUCAUUGUGCAUACGGAAAUUUCUCUCCUACAAACUGCAAUGUCCAAUAUGUAAUUUGGCCAUGACAGAACAAGAUCUAAGAAACAACAGGAUUUUGGAUGAUCUGGUCAGGAGCUUCCAAGCAGCAAGGCAGCAGUUGUCAAAGAUGAAUUUUGAUUCGCCACCUGUUUCUCCAAAGACCCUUCACCCCUCUGUCAAAAGGAAAGCACCAAAUCCAAAGCGUCCAAAAAUGGAGAGCACCAUCCUGACUCAUUUUCUUCAAAAAGGGGACUCUUCCUCAUCCUCCAGUGUGAGCCAGACCACAUUACAGGAGACCAGAACCAUGAGGGAGAAGCCAGUGGAGGUUCCCUCACAAGAGACGAGGACUGUGAAAGAGGAGCCAGUGGAGAUACCUGCUGCUGGGCCGUCAUCAAGUUUGGCCUCCAACUGUGAAUCUCCAUCCACCUCCCAGAGUGUAAAGGCCGUGGUGAAAGUGGAGUGUCCUGUGUGUUCAGUGGGUGUGCCAGAGCAGUACAUCAACAAGCACCUGGACAGCUGCCUGAUGAGAGAUGAGAAAAGAGAGAGCUUGAGAAGGUACCGUCAGACUGCUGUUACUUCUGAACUGUUUUUGUAGACCGCGGACAGUAAGAGGAAGCCUUUGACCAAGCUUGUGUACGCGCUGAUGUCUGUCCGUGAGCUCAAGAAGAGGCUCAAAGAGUUCCACCUUUCUACCCAGGGCUCUCGCGAUGAGCUCAUCUGGAGGCACCAGGAGUUUGUGCACAUGUACAAUGCCCAGUGUGACUCCUUGAACCCCAAGACAGCAGAAGAAAUAGCAAAAGAAGUUGAAGAGAACGAGAAGAUGAGAGCGAAGUUGCAGCGUAAAUCCAAACAUUUGAUGGUCUUUUCAAAGAAUCAGACAGAAGAAGAAAUCCAAGAAAUGCAUUCAAAGUACCGGAAGCAGCACAGUGAUGAGUUUUCCCGCCUCAUCGCUCAGGUCAAAGGUCGCUGGGAGGCAUCCAGGAGAGCGCCGAUCAAAGAGGAAAAGCAGGAAGGAGGAACAGAAGGCGAGGGAGGUCAUCCCACAGCUAUAAACAAAGAGGGUCGAAACAACACAAAGCACUGUUUGCCAAGGGCCUCGUCUGAAGUAUCAACAGAGGAAAUGACAUCAGAGGUCAUCAUGAGGUCACCCAGCCCCACCUUCAGCGACGUGUCAGUUAGCAGCUCCAUUUCAGACGUGUUCAAUUUUGAGGCCGACAGAAGCAAUGAAAGCACGGUGAACGCGGCUGGAGGUAAGCGAAGGGCCCCCAGUUCCCGAGACAAAGACACCGCCCCCGCUUUCAUCUCUGAAAAAUGCUCUCGCAAGAGCUGAGCAAAGGGGAGAACACGAGCUGAGCUGCA